AAUUAAAGAGGGAUGUUUACAACAUUGUCAUCAACCAAGGGUUUCGCUAUCGGGCUUUGUGCAACCUCAUUAACCACAAUUGGGGGUAGUUUCUAUCUAUACAAUGAUAGAAAGAAAAAGCUUGACUCUCCUAUUGCACAGAGAGCACUGAAGGUCCUCCUUUCAGACAAAAGAGUUGUAGAUUUCUGUGGAGAAAACAUUAAGCCUGGAUAUUUCAUCACUACCAAAGAGAAUAAGAAAGAGGGAUCAAAGACUUACACAUUCAAAAUUUCAGGGGGCUCUGGAAAGCUCAAGACAGUAAUCACAGCAGAUAGUGCCUUCCACGGCAGCUUAAAAAUAUUUAAUGAGGAGUUAGAAGAGCAUCACCAGAAGAAAGAAACGAAGGAAAAAGACUAUGAUGUUGAAGACUUUGAAGACAAUUGGCCAAUUGACCUUGAAGAAUACAACAUCCCCAACGAUACUCUUUAUAAGAAAUGGAAAAAUGAAGAUAAUAUCGAAGAAGAAAAUAAAAAGAACAUUUUUGAAAAUGAGAAAAUCUGGAGGAUCAAAAGUCUCCGUGUCUCAGUUGAUGAAGAUACCAGAAUCUUACUCCUUCCUCUCCCAGAGAGUAAGAGAGAGAAGAAGUUAAUCGACACCCGUUAUGCUCUCGAGACCAACGGAGACCUCUAUACCAUAUUCAAUGAUAAACAAGGAAUCUAUAAAAGUAUUGAUAAUGAGAAUUAUAAAAGAUUUGAGGAUAAAACUUCAGAAGAAAUUGAGGAAGAUAUCAAAGCUAAAAGAAGAAAGCAAUUCCAGACUAUGACGAAAGUGAGAAAAUACCAAUUCAUGUUCUUCUUCGGAGCUUUGAUUGGAUACAUAUUGCUCUGGCCUAGAAUUUCACCAAAACCUAUCCUUAACAGCACUAUGUAUCACUAUGCAGUAGAUUUAAUUCAAAAGAAUAAAUUUGUAAAGCAAAAGCUUGGGGAAAAUUUCAUGGUUGUUUCUUGCAACGGGCAAAGAAUCCCUUUUCUAAAACACCCAGAUUUUGAAAUUGUAGCGAAGGGUAAAAAUAGUAAUGCUAAGUUCUUAAUAUCCCCUUCAAAGGAUGAUGAUUCAGAAAAUAUUAACAGUAUCUACAUGCUUUCAAGUGAGGACCUCAAAACUUAUAAAAUCUAA